AUGAAGUACGCAUCAAGAUCAAACUUCCGAUCCAGUCAAGACGAACCGAAGCGAACUCUUAUUAACAACCUUACAAACCUACGACGUCAAUUGAAUGAGGUUUCCAGUUUGGAAUCGUUGAACCCACUAAUCUACUUGAAUCCCUUCUUGGACGUGAUUCGCUCGGAAACUACGACAGGCCCAAUAACCAGUUUAGCCUUGACCUCAGUUGAAAAGUUCCUCGCCUACGGUCUCUUGGAAAUAAGGCCAGGUACCACCACAGGCUCCCAGAAUGUUAUCGGCGUAGCCAUGGAAACCGUUGCUGAGUCAGUAAUUCAGGCCCGUUUUAUCAGAAGCCGGCUCAGUUCAGAUGAGGUUGUUUUAAUGAAGAUUGUCCACCUGCUACGCACCUUGCUGCUCAUUCCCGCGGGUUGCCUACUCUCCAACGAGAUGGUGUUUGAGAUACUGCAAAACUGCCUCCGAAUCUGCCUCGAGACGCAGCUGUCAGAGCUACUUCGCCGAACUGCUGAACACUUCCUCGCCUCCAUCGUCCAGCUAUUCUUCUCUCGUCUGCCCUCACUGAUUGCUUUAGGCGCUACACAGCUAGACUAUCGGCCUGAUGGCGUGGACGCGCAGAACCCGACAGAGCCUACCUCCAUCAGUAGACAGUCUAGGCGUAGAAGUCGGAAACCAACUCUGCUCUCCGACACGCCUCCAAUUGAUGGUGCUGUUGAAGCCCAAGCUGAAGAAGAAGAACACCCACGAGGCGACGAAAGCAUUUGCAGCUUGAAGGAGCAUCUGGUUGAUCGACAGAGCACCUCGGACCAGGAGCAGCAGCAGCCGACGGUGGAGGAGCUUCACGGUCCCGUCUCCUUCCACGUCGAAGUUGGCCAGGAAGCCCAGGAAACUGCCACGGUGGCGAACAGAGAAGAGGGGGAUGAGGAGGCGGACCCACAAGCGGACAUAUCUGACGUCCACGUUUGCCGUCCCUACAACAUCCAGGCGGUGCACAACCUCUUUGCUCUGCUUGUGGGUCUCCUGAACCCUGAGCAGCACCAGGAGUCGGUGAUCAAGGUGGCCAUGGGAUUGCUCACGGUCGCCCUGGAGACGGGAGCUGAUUUCCUCCACGCCUGUCCCUCCAUCCUCCACCUCAUCGCCACCGACAUGACCAAGUACCUCAUGAUGCUGCUUUACUGGGAGCGCAUCAAUCUCUUCUCCUGCACCCUGCGCGUCUGCUUCCUCCUCUUCGAGUCCCUUCGCGUGCAUCUCAAGCUGCAACUGGAGGUCUACUUCCAGCGUCUGAUUGCUCUGAUCUCCUCGGAGAACGAGCGCAUCACGUAUGAGCACCGCGAGAUCGCCCUGGACUCGGUGGUUCAGCUCUUCCUGUUGCCGGGAUUGGCUGCCGAGGUGUACGUCAACUACGACUGCGACCCCUAUUGCUCGAACCUCUUCGAGGACAUCACUGAGAUGCUCACCAAGAACGCCUACCCCACUGCACGCCUCAUGGGCACUCACCUCCUCGCGCUGGACGCCCUCCUAGCCGUCAUCGACGCCAUCGAGGUGCAGACCGCGGGAAACCGUCUGGUCGAGGCUUCCAGCCACUCACAGAUGCCGACGCUCCCGGACGCCAAUCGUCCAGCGCCCCGACCGAACAGGCACUGGAUUGGCUUGACCGGAAUUCCAAACCACAGCGAUCUCGCUGCCCAGAAAACCAAGAAGAAGAUCCUCAUGGCCGGCUCCGAUCGCUUCAACAUCAACCCGAAGAACGGAAUCGCCUUCCUGCAGCGCAACGGUCUCCUCUCUGACCCCCUUGAUCCCAACGAAAUGGCCACCUUCCUGGCGGAGAAUCCGAGGCUGGAUAAGAAGACGAUCGGUGAAUAUCUCUCUAGCCGAAAAAACUCCGAAGUUCUUAUCGCCUUCGCGAGGAAUUUCAACUUCCGCGGUACUCGCAUCGACGAGGCGUUGAGGGCGUACCUGGAAGCCUUCAGAAUUCCCGGCGAAGCUCCGCUCAUCCAACACCUGAUGGAGUCCUUCGCGGAGCAGUGGUUCCAGGCCAACGACGCGCCAUUCGCCAACGCCGACGCCGCCUUCACGCUCUCCUACGCCAUCCUCAUGCUCAACACCGACCAGCACAACCCCAACUCCAAGCGCCAGAACAUCCCCAUGACGGUGAACGACUUCAAGAAGAACUUGAAGGGUAUGAAUGGCGGGGGCCAGUUCUCCCCUGAACUCAUAGAAGCCAUCUACAGCAGUAUUCGCAACAACGAGAUUGUGAUGCCCAGUGAGCAGACGGGAUCUGUGCGCGAUAACUACCUCUGGAAAUGCCUUAUUCGACGGAGUAAUCAGCCAUCCUUCGCGCGCUUCAUCCACCUUCCACCGGGUCACUUCGACGCGGACCUCUUCAUCAUGAUCUGGGGCUCGACGGUCGCCGCACUCUCGUUCAUUUUCGACAAAACCGUCGAUUCGAGCAUCCAGGCGAAGACGUUGGCGGGUUUCGUUCGGUGCGCGCGGAUUUCUGCGUACUACCGAAUGAGCGAUGUCUUCGACAACCUGGCCAUCUCCUUGUGCAAAUUCACCAUGCUUCUGAGUCCGCCUGAGACGCCUGAAACGCUCGCUGUGGCCUUUGGAAGGAACCGCAAAGCACAGCUAGCAGCGCGACUGGUCUUUGCUCUGGUUUCCGCCCAUGCCGACAUCAUGCGUGAUGGCUGGCGCUCCCUGCUCGACUGCCUCGUCCAACUAUUCCACGCUGGACUCCUCCCCACCGCACUGGUCGAGUCGGCUGACUUUGUCGAAACCUCGGGGAAGAUUAAUCUGUUUCUGGGUCGGUCCAAUCGGCCCCCUUCCAUCGUCGGCAUGACCAACAGCCGGUCAGAUCUUGGCGUUCUGGGGUCCUUCUACCACUACCUCACACUGGGAUCCACGCCAAGUCCUCCGCAGGCGUCAGUUGAACCUCCAAGUGAGGCUUCUCGACGUCUAGACCCUAUGGAUCCCCCAGUGGAGGUGUCGACCCAUCUGCCAGGCGACGCGUCGCCUCCACCGACCAAACGCUCGGCUGCCACCGCCGCCGCCACCUCCGUCUCCUCCGCUGCCGACCUCUUCCGACUCAUCGACGAGGCCGACCGCAGCGGGACGUCGGGCAAGAACCUCCUCACGGGCAACGACACCGCCGCCGACUACCAGCAAUUCCUGCAGCACGACGAGGAGGCCGCUAUCAAGUCCGCCAAGUCCACCAUUGCGGCCUGUCAAAUCGGCGCUGUGCUGGAGGAGAGCAAAUUCCUCAUGGACGAGUCGUUGCAGGAGUUGAUCAAGGCACGUGCUCUGCUUUACGGGCUAUGUGGCGGUGAUAAAUACGAGCUGACGCCAUCACCACCUCCUUCUCCGCCGACGCCGUCUCCAAUGUCAUUUGAGGACACCGUCGAGGCGCUGGCAGAGACGCCUUCCAAGGUCGCCACUGACGUCGCUCCAGUGCUGCAGCCUCGCUACUUCUCGGCUGACGCGAUGACCCAAAAGGGCCAGGUCUUCUGCCUUGAGCUGCUCAUUCGUGUGCUGCUCUACAACCGCGACCGGAUAAGCCUGCUUUGGCCAUUGGUGCGUGGACACCUGGUGGAGAUUCUGCGUUCCGCGAGAACGCCCUGUUUCCUUGUGGAGAGAGUGGUGGUUGGAAUGCUGCGGCUGGCCCUGCGACUCCUUCGUCGCCCGGAAUUGACUACUCAGAUAUUUGCCUGCCUCCUGACAAUCCUGACUAAACGUGGUCAAUACUUGCUCCGGCCGCCGCCAUCUACGCGACAGUUGGCAACCACGACGCGACAGAAUCGUCGAGCACACACUGGUCGCCACUCCACCGCCAAUCAGGGCCACUUUGUCGGUCAAGACGACGACAACGACGAUGUCUCCAGUUCCGUGGCCCGCCAGGUCGUCUGCGGUCUCGCAGUCCUCCUUCAGGACAGCGCGGCCGAGUUGCCCUCGACGAAGGACUGGGAGCUGGUCUUCAGUUUGUUGGAAGUCUGUGGCGCGGGUGCCUUCCCGAUCUCAGAGGGUGAACUGGAAACGCUGGACGGUCAUCUGUGCGUGCAAAAGAAGCGCGAGGUCGUGUAUUCCAGCCUUCAGGACGUCGCCGUGGCCAGCAGCGACCCGCAGACGCGUGAAUACGCCAGUGACAAUGAAGACCCCCAGCCGCACACCCCACCGUCUCCCUUGUCGGGCGCAGGAGAGAUUCCUUGGCAGCAAACCCGCCAUCCCGGUCAUGCAGCAGGCAAAGAGUCGUGGAUCCUCGUUGGCGCUGAUCCUGACACCACAGCGAACUCCACUGCCAGACCAAUCGCCUCAAACGACGAAUUCGAUCUUGUGCCGUCGUCGCGUCUCCGGCUGCCCAUUGUCAUCGUCUUUCAGGACUGGUUCGCCCUCGAGAAGGCCUUCAAUUCCAUCGUCUUCCUGGUUCGCGAUCCUGCCCACAUCACUCCGAACAACAUCGAGUACUGCGUCCACGCACUGCGUGUCUUCAUUGAGGCUGUCCUCACUACUCCCAAACCCUCGCUCAUUCGUCACCCUAACUUCGUCGGUGAACGCGCCUCCAUGCCCGCCUUCGACUUCCCCGAAGGUCGUCUACUAGACCCCUUCACCAGCGAAGUUGCUCAGCAGCUAUUGGAUCUGGUGUACACGCUCUUUAGUCGUGCCCCGUCCAUCUACGCGGAGUGGACGAAGCCCGUGGACGAGGAGGUGGCGGUGGUUGAGGAUGGCGCUUGUAGGCCUGCUCCACCACCACCACCCAUCAAUUUGGAGUGCCUCUGGAGCGUGUGCUGGCGCUCUCUGUUGCAGGCCAUCGCCCGUCUCUGCGUGGAUUCACGUCGAGAGGUGCGGUCGGACGCCCUGGCCUUCCUCCAACGCGCCCUCCUCUCCCCCAUCCUCCACGUCAUGACCGGCAGUCAGUGGGAGGACUGUCUCAUGCAGGUACUUUUUCCACUGCUAACCAAUUUCCUGGAGAGCGUCACCUUCGAAGAAGCCGCGAUGGCCACAGGCGCUUCUCUGGCUGCGAACCGCACCCCGCGCGACCUUGGUAGUCAAGGCAACCUGUCUGGUGUCGGUUUCUUGACCAACAUAUUCGGUGGCGGAGGCGCGGACUCGCAUCAGGCGUCGGGAGGUGCCGGCGCCGCGGCGUCGUUGAACGCGGCUGGUCUAGGAGGCGGUAUCACUGAGUACGCCGACCCACGAAUGCGCGCCAUUCCCCUCCUCACGAAGAUCUUCCUGCAGCAUCUGAAUCCCCUCUACGCGCUGGAGAGCUUUCCGUUGCUGUGGAAGCGGAUGCUGACCUACAUGGAAAAGUACAUCAAGGCGAACAUCUCCGAUUCUCUGAAUGAUGCCGUGAGGGAGUCGUUGAAGAACCUACUCUUGGUGUUGUACACCGGAACUCAGGACACAGCUUCCAUCCUCGUCCGGGACGCACCAAGCGGCACCAAAGAAGCCUUCCUGUGGACCCAAACGCAAGCUCAAUUGGCCACUUUCAUGCCCACCCUGAUGGACCAGCUCUUCCCCCCUCCGCCCCCACCACCUUCGCCACCGUCCCAGCUCCCCCAACCCCCCGUCGUCACCGCUGUUGAACCCGUCGAAAGCGUCUCCUCUCCGCUUCCUCCAGGUGAGAGCCUUCUCUCUUUAAAUCUCAUUGGCUCUCCAACUGUGCAGCGUACACAGAACUCUGAUUGGUCAGAAGUUUUGGCGGCCCUAAGUGCGAAAAAAAUUUCCGACUUUCCUCAGCAGCAACUACCUCCACUUCCCUCAGAAGCAGUUCGGAUUCAACUGCCGUUGGACGAAAGCGACACGGAGAUUGCUGGUGCACCGUCCCACGAGGUUUCCACGAUGUGA